ACCAAAAUUUCUUAAGUUAUUUAACUUCUCCCACAUUAUACGACGUCGUCGUCUUCUUGUUCUUCUUCUCUGCUCUUUUCUUUCUUUUCUUAGUCUGAUUUUGAUUCCAUUAUCACAUCACAAUGUGUGGUAUUCUUGCUGUUCUUGGUUGUUCUGAUGACUCUCGAGCCAAAAGGGUUCGCGUCCUAGAGCUCUCUCGCAGAUUGAAGCACCGUGGGCCUGACUGGAGUGGGCUCCAUCAACAUGGUGAUUGCUUUUUGGCGCAUCAGCGUUUAGCCAUAGUAGAUCCAGCUUCUGGGGAUCAGCCUCUCUUCAACGAGGACAAAUCCGUCAUUGUCACGGUAAAUGGAGAGAUUUACAACCAUGAAGAACUCAGGAGACAGCUUCCUAAUCACCAGUUCCGAACUGGAAGUGACUGUGAUGUUAUAGCACACUUGUACGAGGAACAUGGAGAAGACUUUGUAGACAUGCUGGAUGGUAUCUUCUCGUUUGUUCUUCUGGAUACCCGUGACAACAGUUUUAUAGUGGCUCGAGAUGCUAUAGGGGUCACUUCCCUGUACAUUGGUUGGGGAUUAGAUGGCUCUGUUUGGAUUUCGUCUGAAAUGAAAGGCUUGAACGAUGAUUGUGAACAUUUUGAGUGUUUUCCACCUGGUCACUUGUACUCGAGCAAAGAGAGAGGGUUUCGCCGAUGGUACAAUCCUCCUUGGUUCUCUGAGGCUAUUCCAUCUGCUCCUUACGACCCUCUAGCUUUGAGACGUGCCUUUGAGCAGGCUGUCAUAAAAAGGUUGAUGACUGAUGUGCCUUUUGGUGUUCUACUUUCUGGAGGUCUGGACUCUUCAUUGGUGGCAUCCAUCACUUCUCGCUACUUGGCUAACACGAAGGCUGCUGAACAGUGGGGAUCAAAGUUACAUUCUUUCUGUGUAGGACUUGAGGGCUCACCAGAUUUAAAGGCUGCAAAAGAGGUUGCUGACUAUCUUGGCACUGUCCACCAUGAGUUUCACUUCACUGUUCAGGAUGGAAUAGAUGCCAUUGAGGAUGUUAUAUACCAUAUUGAAACAUAUGAUGUGACCACAAUUAGAGCAAGCACGCCCAUGUUUCUUAUGUCUCGGAAGAUUAAAUCACUAGGUGUGAAAUGGGUUAUCUCAGGAGAAGGAUCAGAUGAGAUCUUUGGAGGGUAUCUGUACUUCCACAAGGCACCCAACAAGGAGGAGUUUCACAGAGAAACAUGCCGCAAGAUCAAAGCACUCCACCAAUAUGACUGCUUGAGAGCAAAUAAAUCAACAUUUGCUUGGGGUCUAGAAGCCCGAGUACCGUUUUUGGACAAGGCGUUUAUCGAUGCUGCAAUGAACAUUGACCCCGAGUAUAAAAUGAUAAAAAGAGAUGAAGGACGAAUUGAGAAGUGGAUUCUGAGGAGAGCCUUUGAUGAUGAAGAACAUCCAUAUCUGCCAAAGCACAUAUUAUACAGGCAGAAAGAACAAUUCAGUGAUGGAGUAGGGUAUAGUUGGAUUGAUGGCCUCAAGGCUCAUGCUGCAAAACAUGUGACUGACAGAAUGAUGUUGAAUGCUGGUAACAUCUACCCCCACAACACCCCAAUAACGAAGGAAGCAUACUACUAUAGAAUGAUCUUUGAGAGGUUUUUCCCUCAGAACUCAGCAAGGCUGACUGUUCCUGGAGGAGCAAGUGUUGCAUGCAGCACGGCGAAAGCUGUUGAGUGGGAUGCUGCUUGGUCUGGCAACCUUGACCCUUCUGGUAGAGCAGCACUUGGAGUGCACAUCUCAGCUUAUGACAAGCAGAACAAUUUAGCCAACAAAGGUGUAGAAAUUGAGAAGAUUAUACCUAUGGAUGCUGCUCCUCUUGGAGUUACCAUCCAGGGCUAGUAUAUAUCAAGCUCUGUGACUCAGAAUAAUUGGCGAGAAUGAAGAUGAUUAAGCUAAACACUAUGAAAAAAUCGCCUGCUGUGUGAUUUCAUCUUGGCAAAGCUUUAUAUAUAUGUAUGUAUAUAUAUAAGGCUUUCUACAAGAAGUGUUCAAUGUAGUAUUACCUUCAAUUCUGUGAUUUUAACUCUUAAUAAGAGUGUUUCUUUUGUUAAAUAUAAAUGCAAAAUUCAUUAUCUCAUC